UCCAGAAUGAGAAGGUUGAAUAGAAAGAAAGCUUUUAAGGUCGUGAAAGAACUAGAUGCGUUUCCCAAAGUUCCAGAUAGCUACCAAGUGAAGAGCAAUAGUGGAGCAACAGUUUCUUUGUUGACGUUUGCGCUUAUUGCUGUGCUUGUCAUAUCGGAGUUUAAUUACUAUCUCGGAGUGACGUACAAGUAUGACUAUGACGUUGACAGAAACAUCGAAAGUGAUUUGGUGUUUAAUAUUGAUGUCGUGGUUGCCAUGAAGUGUGUAUAUCUAGGCGCUGAUCUUCUGGAUCUUUCUGGCACAACCCACACGUCAAGCGAAGAGCAAGGAUUCAAAUCAGAGGAGACAUUCUUUGAAAUGACUGCAGCUCAACGGGAGUGGCUAAGAAAUCGAAAAGAACUCCUUGCCAGACAUGAAGAAUGGCGUUCACUGAAGGAUGAACAGAUCGACAACUACCGCCUUAUCCACACUGCAAUGCCUCAGAGAUCGUCUGUCGACGUUCCUAGCAACAGACAACCGGAUGCGUGCAGAAUAUUUGGCAAAAUGUUUAUUAAGAAGAUUGCGGGCAACUUUCAUAUUACCGCUGGAAAGGCAAUUGCUCAUCCACGAGGACAUGCUCAUAUGUCUGCAAUGGUCCCCCGACAAGAAUACAACUUCUCCCAUCGUAUUGAUCAUCUGUCGUUUGGAAACGCCGCUGUCGGCACUUUGAAUCCGUUGGAUGGAGAAAUGAAAGUAGCCGUUGACCGGAAUCAGAUGUAUCAGUACUUCUUGCAGAUUGUUCCAACCAGCUUCUCGUUCGCUGGCGGCCAAGCAUACGCAGCCAACCAAUACUCUGUAACACGUCGGGAACGAAUUAUUGAUCACAGCGGAGGAAGUCAUGGUGUUCCAGGCAUCUUUAUGAAAUACGACAUGUCGGCUCUGACGGUCAGCAUCACACAAGAUCAUCAACCAUUCGGCAGCUUUGUGGUUCGAAUAUGCGGCAUCAUUGGUGGCAUAUUCGCCACAACAGGCAUGCUGCAUGGAUUCAUUGGCUUUUUGUUCGAUGUCAUAUUUUGUCGAAAGAAGGGCGUGGCAGGUUCAAUGUCGCCGAGACCGGCUCGAGCCUCUCAGUCGUAUGUCGAGACAGAAUCGUCGUCUCUGACCACGGAUAUGAGAAUUGGUGGUGGGAAUAGUGUAGGGUUGAGUACAACAGAGCACUAGUUUGGUUUAGGUUUGUAUUCAAACGCCGGGGCCUAGAAUUAUGUGUGGGUGUGGUCAUUGAUGCUUCUUCUCUUGAGUAGCAAUCGAGAAUCAAAUAGACGAUUUUAGGUUACGUCAUCCCUCUUGAUAAAAUAAUUGUAAUUCUUUAGGUAUCUUGUUAAUAUCAAACUGCAAGAUGGAGAUAGCAAUGUGUGUAGCAAAAUGCUGUGGGAAUGUCCAUGGAA